UAAGGAAAUUGAAACCAUGGAAAAAAAGACCCUUUCAGAUACAUCAAUAGAAACGUACACUUCGAUGCAAUAAAGGACUUGAAAUUUGAUAGAAAACAAUGGCUUCGGAGAGAUGUGAUUUACUGCGUGAAGGUUUUUUGGAUGUCAAAUUUCCUCCGGAUAGUCCAGAAAGGGUUUUGCACAAGGCGUGGCGAAAGCUGUGGAUCCGAGCAUUUGUGCUACAACCACUGAAAAGAGAACCAAGUUUGAUCCUAAACGUCACUCGAAAUGCCGAGGACAAGCAAUCUCAAUCCUUAAAAGUGUCUCGCGAUGGCCUUCUCUUGUUCCGUUGUCGUUCCGGUUCUAGACCUUUGCAGACAUGGGCACUCUCAUCAGGCACUUCGCUGAUAGUAUACUUGGCAGCCGAAAACGAGGAAGAGACACAAAGCUGGAUGAAAACUAUCAGAGACGGACUUUGGCCUACCAUUCAGAACAUGUCAGAAAAAUCGCAUGACGUCUCGUUGAUUGAUGAUGAGAAGACAUUUUCAACUGGGAUUCUUGGUCUGUAUGGUCGCUUAGUUAAAACCCCAGAUGGAAUGACCAGCAUCAUUCAUCCCCACUGGCAGGGGAUUCUACUUCGUUGGAAGCAAGAGGAUGUGGUCAAUAUUAAACUUGUGAGAAAGGUUGGAGGAGAAUCAUCGGGUGUCUUCAAAAUUACAUUAAAAAGUUCAAAAACUGAGACACGCACUUUUUAUUUCUACAGUAAUACUGCGACAUCUGCAAUUGAUUGGCUCCAAUCAAGUGCAAAAGACUCCACAGAACUUUCAACCAAUAGUAAAUCAAAAAAUACUAAGGAACUAUCUCGCAAUAAUGAAACACAAAACGAUAUCAUCGUCAAUGGCAAUGAUACACCACAAUAUGCAACCAUUAGAAAAGCUUCCAAACAGUUAGAAAACGAGCAAGGAAGCAAACUAGACUCAGUCAAUGACGAAAGUACAAACAAAACCUUAAAUGACAAACGUAAUACUAGUAAUUUUCUCUCGACAAACAUUUCCAGUGAUUUAUUAGAUGCCAGUUUGAGCUUCGUGAAACUACCACUGGCAAAAUCAAAGUCGCUAAACGAUCAACUCAAACCGACAGCAAAAAGUGACGAGGAUUCGGAUGAAACCUCAGACAUGUAUGAGCAUGUGUAUGAAGAUAUGGUUCCUAAAUCGUCAAGAUCUGACACAGUGUAUGAGGAUGUACUGAACUCGGAAAGUGAAUACGUACCACCUCUGCCACCACCUUUACCAACGGAGAAACCUCAGAUUCUCCGUUUGCUAAAGUUGUCCGAAAGUGUCGCCGAAGCUUUGAAAUUGGCUGAAGAACAGCACGUACCAGUGGUUCACAAAAAUUCUAAGCGCCUUCUAGAUAGUCCAGUAAGAGAAACUGUGCCACAAAUUUUUCAGAAAAAGCCUAUUCUUCGUAGAUCAUCAGAACCAAACAUUAUUUGAUAUAUUGAUGACUUUUGUCUCAAAAGCUAGAGAUAAUCCUUUGAAAGUGUUUGCUGAACAUUUGAAAAUGGCUAAUGGAACACACAAGUGGCUUAUGUGAAUUCUGACCGUGUUCGAAAGUUCAUCAAAAUUCUGAAACACGCUUUUUGUAAAUAGGCCGAUAUUACGUCAAUCAUAAGAAACUGGUCUUUUGAUACUUCAGACUUCUAUGAGAAAUUGUUUAAUUAUUAAAAAUCAUAAUCUUUGUU